AUGCCCCGUAAGAAAUCUCUCCUGAUUGGAAUCAACUACACCGGCUCCAACCAUCAGCUGAAUGGCUGCAUCAAUGACGCCAUGAAUGUUCGUGAAUACCUAGUUCGUGAUCGUGGAUAUUCCCCAGAUCAGCGGGAUAUGGUGAUCUUGACCGAUUUACCGGAGAAUCGAGGCACGCCUUUCUAUCCUACUGGCGCUAAUAUGCUGGCUGCAUUCAAUUGGCUGGUUUCGGGGAACAAUCCUGGUGAUUCGCUGUGGUUGUCGUAUUCAGGUCAUGGAAGUCAAGUUCGAGAUCCUGAUGGAGAUCGAGAUUCUGGAUUUGACGACACUAUAUGUCCUGUGGAUUUCGAACAGAACGGACAGAUUACAAGCGACACGCUCCACAAAGUGAUCGUUUCACCCAUGAAUCCUCGAUGCAGAUUAACCAUCCUCUUUGACUGCUGCCACUCUGGCUCUGCCGUGGAACUACCUUAUGUAUUCCGGCCCGAUGCCGACGGCAGGGUGAACAUGGUCAACAACGUCAAAGAAGGUAUUUCGCUAGCCAAGGAGGCAUCGGCUUUGCUACACGGCGGAUUCUCUAUAGAGAAAAUCCACGACGUGCAGUCAUUAAUUGGACGUGGAACGUCCUUGUUGCACAAAUUCACACACCCAGAGGCACCCUCAGAUGAAAAUGGACUUGCGGAUGAGAAUUUCAUGGAGGAUUGGCGAAAUGAGAGGAAGGAUGUGUGGAUGUUUAGUGGCUGUGCUGAUGAUCAGACUUCGGCUGAUACGAGUAUGCAAGGUCUUGCGACAGGCGCUAUGUCUUGGGCGUUCAUCAACACCAUGAGAAGCAAUCCACGCCAGAGUUACAUCGAGGUCUGA